AACUCAUCACGUGGACAAAAAACAAACUUAUUAGCGGUGCGCUCGCUGCGUAGCUUCGAGCUGUCAGUUGUGGAAUUUUCAUGUAAUUUUAAUAAUCUGAAAAUAUAAACCAAAACUUGAUAUCACUCUUAAGAGUGUAUAAAAUUGUUAAAAAAUGUCUGCCCUUUUUAAUUUCCAGAGUCUCCUCACUGUUGUUCUACUGAUGAUUUGUACGUGCGCUUACAUAAGAUCCAUAGUACCCAGUAUAUUGGAUAGAAACAAAUCUGGAUUUCUGGGAACAUUCUGGAAAUGUGCAAGAAUUGGUGAACGAAAAAGCCCUUACAUUGCAUUCUUUUGCCUCUUCAUGGCAUUCAGUAUAUUAUUCUGUACGUGAGGCAUCACAUUUCAAUACAAUACAUGUAUGUAAUUUUAUGAUUGAAAUACAACUUAUGUAUCUAUAUUUUUUACUGGAAAUGAAAUAAACCAAGUACUAUCAAUAAAUAAA